GGGUUGUUGAUGUAGACUUGGUGCGCGAUAUGAAAAAUCAAUUUUUCCCAAUUGUAAACAGAAUGUGAGACAAAGAGAGGAGAAAACGCUUUUUUAAAUACGCCACCAUGCCCAGCUCAUAUUUGUUUGCCGCCAGCAGCGAGGGACGUGUUUAUACGCUGUCCACCAGCUCAGCAGCCUGGCGGGAACUUCCCUAUCUGGGACUGGAGUUCAAGAAGAUCUGCGCUGUUCCCAAUUUCCUAUGGGCCAUAGGCGGUGACCGACAAGUGUACGUGCAUGUUCACGGCUUGGAUGUGCCCAUUAGGAUAAGGGAAGAAUCCUACGAGAACGAACGAUGGCUCCCAAUCGAAGGAUUCUCGAAAACCCUGCUUCCCACGGAUCGCUACAAAUACUCCUCGGCGGAUGGAAGCGUGGAGCGGAGUGUGGACAAAAUUCGCCUGCCCUCGAUGGCUUGGCAAUGGGAUGGUGACUGGCAUCUGGAUCUUGAGCUUGAUGGACAGCAACUGCCAGAAGAUGGCUGGAUGUACGCCCUAGAUUUUCCUGCUUCCUAUUCGGCUAAGAAAUCGUGGAACUCGUAUGUCCGUCGGAGGAAGUGGAUUCGCUUUCGGCGCUAUGCUGCUUUAAACAGCUGGUGCGCUGUUGCUCCACUGCACAAGGAUCCCACCCAGGAGCCAUUCAUCGACGUGGCCAUUGGAGGAACCCAUGUUCCCAACGCCCCAGCUGGCACUCUAUGUGUUUGGGCAAUCACCGCUCACGGUAGGGCGAUGUUUCGCACAGGUGUGUCCAAGACCGCACCCGAGGGCCUACGUUGGACUGCCGUGCCCACCCCGACAGGUAGUGAGCUGUCACAAAUAAGCGUGGGACCAACCGGCUUGGUCUGGGCGGUUUUGUACAACGGGCGCGUAAUAGUUCGGACCGGCGUGACCCGGGAUAAUCUGUCGGGGGAGGCGUGGCUGGAUGUAAAGACUCCUGUGGCAGCCACAACCCUUCGUAUCGUCCACGUUUCCGUCGGUACGGAUGCCGUGUGGUGUGUCACCAACGAUAACCAUGCCUGGUUUAGGAGGGGCAUCAAAGGAGAGGCAGCUGGGAUAAGCGAAGAUUCGGCCAUAGGCAAGGGCUGGGUGGAAAUGGUUGGCAACAUCUCUAUGAUUUCCGUGGCGGCGAACGAUCAGGUCUUUGCCGUUGGUGCCGCGGAUCGAUGCUUAUACCACCGCUCAGGAGUCUCCGCGGCCGAUCCCACGGGCAAAAAGUGGCGCCUCAUUCAGUGCCCCAUGCAAAUUAGUCGCACUUCCAGCUCUCUCUCGAUUGUCUCCCGUAAGAGUGGAGGCAGCAGCUCUACUCCGGGCUCCAAGCACCAGAGUUUUUCGAAUCUGUACUCGAAGGAGAAGGAAAAGGGCGUCGUGGAGACGUGCGCAGUUAUUGAAACGGUACUGCACAGUUCCACCGGCUCUUGUGCCAGCAAUGGCGGUCCUAGUCUUCUUAAAAACGAGCGCUGGAAACUCAGCGCCGACUCUCCCCCCACAAUUGGGAGCUUGAAUCUGAACGAUCGGCACAAGCAGCGCACAGCUGCUCUGCGAGAAACGUCACACGCCUCCAGCGCUCCGGCAGCUGAUGUGGUGGAGAUCACUGGCAAAUUCGAAACGCAGCUAAGAAAUCCACGUGCCUGGUCGCCAGUGCGUAGUGUUGGCUCCGUUGUGGGCAUGGAAGCCCAUCCGGAAUCGGAUUCAGCAGUAUUCGAAUCAGACUCGACUCACCACGGAUCGGAUGUGUUCUUGGGAGAGGACGACGACCAUACGGGCUCACAAUUCUGGACCGAGUGUGGUAUUCUUUGGAGUUGCGUGGCACCAGGAGCAGUGACGGUAGAUACCAGCAACAUGCCCAAUUGGUUCAACGAGCAGUCGGCCAGUGAUAGUAAAGUGGACGUGAAUGCCAACUGGCGGAAGGACAUUCUCAGUAAACUGCAGCGUAGGCAGGAAAGGCUGGCCAAACUGCAGACUGUGGCCAAGUUCGAGAAGGCGGUGGAACUGUCCUCUUGGGUUAAAUCGGCCGAUGCUCGAUACCAGCGUCCUGGUGGAGAGUUCGAGGACUGUGUCAUAGAACUUGAGUGGGUUAGUGGUAGUGGAAACACCUCGCAGUCAGGUGAUUCGGGAACUUUUACGGUUCUUAGUCCGGAUGGUGCGGCCACCAAGAUUCAGUUCCCCCUGUCUGACAUCACUUGCGUGCAGUGCUGCAGUGAAGCCGGAUCUCCAAGGAUUGCUAUUCAUGCACCCCACCUGCCAGUCAACUGCUCUCCGGUGAAGCUGCAGUUCUCCAGCGACUCUGAGAUGGAGGAUUGGCUUUCCCAUCUCUCCUCCGUUUGCAGUCAAAUGAAUUCGUUGAUUGGAAAACCGGCUAGCAAUGCCAUUUGGUUGACCAGCGAACUGGGUGAUGUGUUCGUCUUUGACGCGGCCAACAUGAAGGCUCAGCAAACUUCCGAACCUGGCGAAGGGUACAUGGAAAAGAUGGACGUCUCUACUUGUGAGACUCCUUACUUUAACACUCUCUACAAUGGAAUGCCAUUUGGUACUGAACUGGAGAUUUCCGGCUGCGUAUAUGACGAUGCUGAUCAAAUUCGUUUCGAUCUCCAAUCCCACUACACGAUUAAAGUGCAACCACAUCGCGUGGAGAAGCAUCGUGUUAUAGCCUUUCAUUUGAAUCCCCGCUUCAAUGAGCGCACCACUGUCCUCAAUUCUAUGAAGGAAUCCGAGUGGCUGGACGAGAUUCGUAACGACAAGAUGGUCUUUGCACCAGGAGCAACAUUUACCUUGAAAAUAAAGGCUCUGCCGGAUCAUUACCUGAUCAUUGUGAAUAAUGCGGUUUACACGGACUACAAGUACCGCAUUGAUCCGGAGAGCGUGACCCGGCUGUACGUGAGUGGGCGUAUUAAGCUUUUUAGUGUGUUGUACCGCUGUCCCUCGCCUAUCAUAUCCAUGGAGCGGAUGCACUGGCGGCAAAUGGGUGGCCACGUCAGACGAGUCUUUAAUAGUGGGGCAGAUGUGGUCUGGGGUAUCUCAUGUGACAACACCGCCUGGGUCUACAACGGCGGUUGGGGGGGCAUGUUCCUGAAGGGCUUGGAGGGCUCCGGAAAAAUCAACGCCAUGAUUGACACGCACACCUACUAUGUGUACGAGAAUCAACGAUGGAAUCCCAUCAGUGGAUUUACUGCAAAGAGCUUGCCCACAGACCGGCACAUGUGGAGCGAUGUCACUGGCCGGCAGAAACGCAGCAAGGAGCACACCAAACUGCUGUCCACGCACUGCGAGUGGAUCUCCGACUGGGCCAUUGACUACAAUAUUCCCGGGGGUGCCGACAAGGAGGGUUGGCAGUAUGCCAUCGACUUUCCUGCCAACUACCAUGCCCAUAAAAAACUCACCGACUGUGUGCGGCGCAGAAGGUGGAUGAAGCGAUGCCGGCUUACCAGUAGCGGGCCAUGGCAGGAGCUCAGUCAGUCCAAGAUCCUUGACGCUGCUUUGCAGGUGUUGGAUGAUGAUGUGGACAGUGGCCAGGGCGACCGAAACCAAGUAGUAGCUGCUUGGGCCAUCGCCUCCAAUGGCGAUGUACUCAUCCGACAUGGAGUAUGCAGUCAGAAUCCGCGAGGUGAAGCCUGGGAGCACAUCGUCAGCGACCAGCCGCUCGUAGGGAUCAGCGUUGGGCCUACUGGUCAGGUUUGGACAGUAGCUCGGAACGGCAUGGUAUUCUUUCGGUACGGAAUCAGCCAACAAAAUCCGUGCGGUGAUGCCUGGCAGCAGGUUGAGGCUCCUGCCGGAGUCACCUUCAAGGCAAUAAGUGUUGGACGCGCGGGUAUCUGGGCUCUGGACAACCAACAGCGCCUGGCUGUAAGGAAAGAGAUCUCCAAGACCUUUCCGGAAGGAUCCCACUGGCAAUUCCUACCCAAUGCCGCCAAUGUACCACCGCACACGGAACAGCACUGUGGUUUUCGAUCGGUGUCUGUAGGUUCCGAGGUAUGGGCCAUUUCCCUUAAUGGCGUCAUUUGCAAGCGGUGCGGGAUCACUAAAGAGAAUCCUGCCGGUGUUGGUUGGAACCUUGGCAUUGCAGGCCAGUGGCAAAAUGUGUCUGUGGAAGGAUAUAUGUAAAGGACCUGAUUUCUAUGUACCACGAAAUCCUAUUUACAAACAUUCUAUUUAUGUGUACUAAUUGCUUUUUUGCCAAUGCCUUUCCAAAGUAUUUGAAGUCAAAUAAUUCCAAUAUAGGCUUAUUACAUUUAA